GUGCGUCUCUCUCUCUCCCUCUCUCUCUCUCCCCCCGCUUCUCUCUCUCUCUCUCCCUCCCUCUCUCUCUCUCCCUCUCUCUCUCUCCCUCUCUCUGAUGGGAGGAGCGCAGCGGAGCUCCUCUCUGUAUAAGAAGUGUUGAACUUUCAACAAGGGAUUUUACACAGCUACUCAGGAGAAACGAAAUGAUCUGCCCUGGAGCCGCAGCAAAAUGCUGGAUGGACACCUACUCCUGGGAUGGUUAUCGUUCACAGUUAUAGUUUAUCUUCUCAACUUGCCUGGACCCACCGCAGCAUAUUUCGGGUUGACAGGUAAUGAACCGUUGUCUAUCCUGCCACUGAACUCUCUACCGGAGGAGAACAUGGGCAGGGCCCACUUCAAGCUGUGCGACCGGCUCAAACUGGAAAAGAAGCAGCGCAGGAUGUGCAGACGAGACCCGGGCGUGGCGGAGACCCUGAGAGAGGCCAUCACCAUGAGCGCCCUAGAAUGCCAGUAUCAGUUCCGCUUCGAGAGGUGGAACUGCACCUUAGAGGGACGCCACCGAGCCAACAUACUAAAAAGAGGAUUUAAAGAGACGGCCUUCCUGUACGCCAUCUCCUCGGCGGGCCUGACCCACGCGAUGGCCAAAGCUUGCAGCGCGGGACGCAUGGAGCGCUGCACGUGUGACGAGGCCCCGGACCUGGAGAACCGCAAGGCGUGGCAGUGGGGAGGGUGCGGAGACAACCUCAAAUACGCCAACAAGUUUGUGAAGGACUUCCUGGGCAAACGCUCCAAUAAGGACUUGCGUGCACGCGUGGACAUGCACAACACAAAUGUGGGCAUGAAGGUAAUCAAGGCUGGAGUGGAGACCACUUGCAAGUGCCACGGCGUCUCCGGCUCCUGCACGGUCCAGACCUGCUGGAGGCAGCUCCUGCCCUUCCACGAGAUCGGAAAGACGCUGAAGCAGCGCUACGAGACCUCGGUCAAGGUCGGCAGCUCCACCAACGAGGCCACCGGAGAAGGAGAGAUCUCCACCGGCCGGAACCAGCAGCAGCAGCAGCAGCAGCAGCAGCAACAACAGCAACAGCAGCAACAGCAACAGCAGCCCUUGCCUGGCUUGAACGACCAAAUCCCCCGCACUAUGGACCUGCUCCACAUCGAGGACUCGCCGAGUUUCUGCAGACCCAGCAAAUACUCAUCGGGCACUGCGGCCCGCAAGUGCUACAAGGACAAGAACUGUGACGCCAUCUGCUGCGGACGAGGCCACAACACCCAAAGCAGGGAGGUGACCAGGCCGUGCCAGUGCCAGGUGCGCUGGUGCUGCUACGUGGAAUGCAAGCAGUGCACGCAGAGGGAAGAGGUCUACACCUGCAAAGGCUAAAAGCCGGUCGCCCCCGUCAGCGCCCGGCAUGUGAAAGGUGGUCGCGUCGAAAGAGGGGUUGGUUGAUUCGUUCUCAUGCAAAGUUUUGCUUCCAGCGUCGGAACAGUGUUCUACAAGCGAGAGAGGAGCGAGCCGCGAGCCGAGAGCCAAUAAGCACUUUGAGGGAUUUCUGUGGGUUGGGUUUUCAGAGGUCCUGCAGAAUUAAAAACUUUCUCAGACAACUGGGUCAACAUCUCAAGCUUUUUAACGCAGCGUUGCCUUGAAGAUAGAAGCCUUUUACUUUUCUUUAAAAAACAAAAAACAAAAAAAAAAAACAAACAAAAAAAAUCCAUUGGCAUCCUUUCACAAGAAACGAGAUUAGCGUCGAGUUAACGAGGACCCAACGCGACGACACCGAUGACACCGAGAACAGACUGGUUUCUGGGGAUUUACCCAAAGAGGAAUGGUGUGCGUGAGUUGUGUGUGUGUGUGUGUGAGUUUUACAGGCGUGUGUUUGUAGAUGUUGAGGG